AUGAUGUCGCACAUAUUUGCUAGAUUAUCAAGAAAUAAAUUUAGACGACAUUUUGUUUUCACCCACAUGGUGGAAAUAGCAUUCAGUUGCUUUCUUGUCCUCAUAACGCUGCAUCAGAUUUAUGGGAGUAACACUAUCUAUAUUGAAUGGAACCAUGACAAAGUCUACAAAGAAUUGGGAGAACUUGUUGUUAAUACUAAUAAAGGAUGGAUUUCUUAUUCGGAGUUGGAAGAAAACGUGUUUCGACCAAUGAAAUACGAGAUUCUAAAACCAACUGUUCCCAUUCCAACUCUUAGAAGAAUAGAACCUGCCUCAUGUGCACAAAUUUUCGGAGAUUGGUUGAGAUUCAUUGAAACUGCCAAGUAUAAAGGUCCUCAAUAUUCGAUGCCAGAAGAACUUGAAAACAUGUACACCUUGAAUGGAUAUAUCAGAAAAAGCAGGUAUUAUAGAGAUGAUGCUCAUUCCUCAAGCUCUGAGAGAGUAUGGGACCAAAUAGACGAAUGGAGAAACUUAACUGAAGAAGAAUUCAUCGCUGUCUCUAAUUAUGGAAAAACAUCAAUGGCUGUAUAUCACUCGCUGAAGGCCUUCCCUCUUGUCGAUCAAUAUGGAGCUGUUUUUGGUUCUCUAACUCCAUGGGCUGAGAGCAUGGCGCUUCAAGCGGGAGCUCGAGAAGUUUUGACCAUCGAAUACCUGAAGUUGAAGAUAGAAGGUAAAUCCAAUGUUCAUUAUAAACAUCCUUUAGAUUUUGCCAGGAAUUUCGAAAGCUACUUGGAUACUUUUGACUUUGUUAUUUCAUUCUCCUCACUCGAACACAGUGGCUUGGGAAGAUAUGGUGAUUCACUAGAUCCUAACGGUGAUCUGCGAGAGCUUCAAAAAAUUCAUUGCGCUCUCAAGCCAGGAGGGCUCCUAUUUCUUGGAUUACCCCGUGGACAAGAUAUUCUCAACUACAACGUACAUAGAAUAUACGGCAGAAUUCGUUUGGCUAUGAUCAUGGAAGGAUAUGAGCUACUUGCAACAUUCCGUGAGAAUUAUAAACAUCCAAGAUCUCUCUCCUUACAUGACUUUGAUGCUCAACAGUCAGCCAGCGGUGGCGAGCAGGACCUAUAUGUUUUGAGGAAGAGAAGAACUAAACUUUAA